AUGUUCCUGGCCCUCCUUCUCGUCGCCCUCAUCGCCGUCCUCCAUGGGUGCUCUGCGGCGGUCGCUCCCUCGACGCCCGCAAGGCUCGGAAGGCGGCAAAUCCUCGAGGAUAUCGUCAAUGGCAUGAACACGACGGCGAACCAUGCAACACUGCUGGGCGUGAAAUUGUCGACGGACAAACAGUCCUACUACACCAUCGUUUCGAUGGGCAACAUGAGCUUUCGCGUCGCGCUUGACUCGGGCUCUGCCGAUUUAUGGGUGGUGUCCACGGCGUGCUCUAGCAGUGUCUGCUCCUCCAUCCCCAGAUACCAGCUUGCGUACGGCAGCUCGACCUUCCAGUCGGUGAACAGCAACAACUCUCUGUUCAAUAUCAGCUACGCCGAUACUACCUUUGCAUCUGGUUUCAUUGCGCGGGAGACUGUAUAUCUACAAAACUUGACUGUUCCUCAACAAGCGUUCGGUUUGAUGAACUCGUCCAAUGUUACGUUGAACGACGACAUAAGCGGCGUCAUGGGUCUUGGGUUCCCUCGUUUGUCUACUAUUGCGAGUACUGCCGCCAACGCCACGCCCAUAUUCGCGUCUAUGGCAUCACAGGGACUCCUCAACUACCCUCUGUUUGGCUUGUUCCUCAGCAGGAACGAGACUGGGAGUCUGACUCUAGGUGCAAUCGAUGCCUCGGUCGUCACCAACAGGAGCCUGAUCGAAUGGCAUGACGUGGUUCCGUUCGCACCAUUCAACGGCACCGACGGCACGACGGCGAGCUACCUCCAAUGGGCGAUCGAGCUCCGUCAAAUUUGGGUUAAUGGCACGUAUAUCAACCCCGCACCGACAUACUCUCAGUCAGAUUCGAAUACUUCUUUGGCUCUCUUGGAUGUCGGUUCUUCCGGUAUUUAUGGACCCUAUCAAGAUGUCGAGCGGAUCUUCUCUGGAUUCAGCGGUAGUCGCCUUGUUGACCAGACGAAUGGUCAAUGGGCGGUGCCAUGCGAUUCGAGCGAAACGAUAACGUAUAACUUCGGGUACGGCAACUUUACUCUUCAGCCUACCGACUACCUGGUCGGGCCUGUCGCGGGCGAUUCGUAUUAUUGUCUGGCUUGGCCGGCUGCUACUUCGCCCCGAUCUGAUGGUAUAGACUGGCAACUAGGCCAACCUUUCUUGCACACUGUUUAUUCGAUCUUCAGUUAUGGCAUCGAUACAAAAGAAGCACCCUUGAUAGGGCUGUAUCCUCUCAACAAUGCGACCGCAGCGGUGCAAUCGCCUAGUGUCGUCAGCUCUUACUUCUCCGCCGCAUCCGCAACCGUCAAUACGGCUCUUCCGAACUACCUCGUCCCUACGCCAUCAUACACGACCCCCGCUUACAUCUUCAACACGUCCGUCACCGCACCGCCCGGCCUGAUCGUCUCGUCCGGCCUCGGCGCCAGCACGUAUUCGCCUGUGCUUGGAACGGGAUACCUCAAUGUCACCGCUAUACCCACUGUCGCUCCCUCCCCGACGCUGCUCACUUCCUGA